ACUUCGAUCUCUCCGUACGCUGACGUGGCAUCCCCUCUCUUUCUCUCUUUUCAUCCGACUCCUCCGCAUCGAGACCAUCGACCCCUUCUCCGAAAUCGGCGGAGAUCUCAAACCCAUCUCCCUCCCCACGAAAAGAAACCCUAACAUCUCCUAAAACCCUAACACUCGAAUCCACUCUCCCUUCCCCAUCAAUGGCCGCCUCCGCUUCACCAGCCGCCGCUGCUCCUCCCCCGCCCUUCGCCCGCGCCCUCUCAUCCUCCACCUCCCGCCUCUUCGCCCUCCCCCUCCCCCUCCACCCAACCCGCCACAAGAGCCCUAGAAUCGCAAUUAGGGCUCCGAUCGCGACCCGGUCGUCGCUGAUUUCGGAUCCCGCGGCGGCGGCGGCGGCGGCGGCGGCGGCGGCGGAGCUGGGGUUCGACGCGGUGUCGGAGGCGGAGCUGAGGGAGAAGGGGUUCAUGGGGAUGAGGAAGACGAAGCUGGUGUGCACGUUGGGCCCCGCGUGCGGCUCCGCGGAGGCGCUGGAGCGGCUCGCGCGCGGCGGGAUGGGGGUGGCGCGGCUCAACAUGUGCCACGGCAGCAGGGAUUGGCACCGCGGCGCGAUCAGGGCCCUCAAGAGGCUGAAUCGAGAGAAGGGGUUCUGCGUCUCGGUCAUGAUGGACACCGAGGGGAGCCAAUUGCUCAUGGCCGAUCACGGCGGCGUUUCCUCCCUUAAAAUCGAGGAUGGUUCAGAAUGGCUAUUUACUACAGAAAAGUUUGAAGGUUCUCGCCCAUUUACAAUUCAAGUGAACUUCGAAGGUUUUUCAGAAGGUAUUGUAGUAGGUGAUGAACUCGUGAUAGAUGGUGGAAUGGUAACUUUUGAAGUUGUUGAGAAGGUCGGGAAUGACUUGCGCUGUAAGUGCACCGACUCAGGUCUGCUUCUUCCUCGAGCUAAGUUGUCGUUUUGGAGGGAUGGUGUACUUGUGGAGAGGAACUUUGGGCUCCCAACCUUAUCGACAAAGGACUGGGCUGAUAUUGAAUUUGGUAUAUCAGAGGGAGUUGAUUUUAUUGCUGUCUCACUUGUGAAAGAUGUUGAUGAUAUAAAGCAUCUGAAGAACUACCUUGCGAGGAGAUCAUUAGACUCUAUCAAAGUAAUAGCGAAGAUUGAGAGCUUGGACUCUCUCAAGAACCUCAAAGAAAUUGUAGGGGCAUCAGAUGGAGUAAUGGUGGCACGUGGCGAUCUUGGUGUACAGGUUCCUCUUGAACAGAUUCCGGCAAUCCAACGGGAGAUCACUCUUCUCUGCAGGCAAUUGAACAAGCCUGUGAUAGUGGCUUCUCAGCUUCUUGAAUCAAUGGUUGAAUACCCUACUCCCACUCGUGCUGAGGUAGCAGACGUUUCAGAAGCAGUGAGGCAGUACGCAGAUGCUUUGAUGUUGUCAGCUGAAUCAGCAGUUGGAGCUUUUGCAGAAAAGUCCCUCUCUGUCUUGCGAAUGGCUUGUGGAAGGAUGGAAUUAUGGAAUCGAGAGGAAAACCAACAAAAGUUGCUUUCACAACAUCAACUUGCGGUGUCUUUGCCUGACCGAAUUUCUGAGCAGAUUUGCAUCUCUGCUGUGGAAAUGGCUAACAACCUCGGCGUGGAUGCUAUCUUUGUCUACACGAAGCACGGCCACAUGGCAUCUCUCCUCUCCAGCAACCGACCCAACCCACCCAUUUUCGCAUUCACCGACAACGCCAAUGCGAGAAAGAGUAUGAAUUUGUACUGGGGAGUCAUCCCAAUUCAGCUCCCACUAUUAGAUGACAUGGAAGAGAACAUUAAGCAAACUUUCAAUCUUAUGAAAUCAAGGAAUACAGUGAAACCAGGAGACUUGGUUCUGGUGGUCUCCGACUCCGAUCUGCACGGUCCGUUCCCUGCACCAUCCGUGUUCCAAUCAGUUCAGGUUAGGACUAUACCUUAGGAUAUGCAAUUCGCUUCUUAUUAUGAUGAAAAGAUAUGCUAUGUCACCUCACGUUUGAGAGAUUCUCUUAUGAAGUAAGAUUUCUUAUAUUUUUGUGGCACUGUUUAGUUUGAUCAUACUUUCUUAUUGCAAUUAAAUUAUAGAACUAAUAGAGUAUUACACAUUCUUGUAUGACGGCUGAUGUAUCUAUCUAUAAAUGGCUUGUUUUCUUUGCCUGCUUC